AUGGGAACUUGGGAAAUCAUGGACGUACCACCAAAUACCAAACUUGUCAACUCUAAGAUCGUCCUCCAUCUUAAGCUGGAUGCCGAUGGAGUACCUGUCCAACAUAAAGCAAGACUCGUUGCACGAGGAUUCACACAACGAGAGGGCAUAGACUUCAAAGAAACUUUUGCACUGGUGGCACCACUCAGUGCGAUAAGAGCCCUGUUGUCACUGGCAGUGGAGCGGGACUGGGAGGUCCAUCAACUCGACAUCAUGAUGGCCUACCUCAACUCCACACUCAAGCAUGUCAUUUAUAUGAAACCACUGGAAGGGGCAAAGGUACCAAAAGGAAAGGCUUAUCAGGUAGUGAAAGGGUUAUAUGGACUCAAGCAAUCAGGACAGGAGUGGAACUUGGAGUUUGACAAGUUCCUGCAAGGAAAAGGAGACAACUUCACAAUACUGAUUAUCUAUGUUGAUGAUACAUUGAUUAUAGCUCCAAAGCUAGAAACAGUCAAAUGCAUCAAGGAGGAAAUAGGCAAGAAGUGGAAGAUGGAGGAGGGUGGCAACAUGUCUCACUUCCUUGGAAUCAAGAUCACCAGGAAUCAUGAAGAAAAGACAAUGGACCUUAGGCAGACCAGUUACAUCAAACAACUACUGGAUGAACACCUAGACAAACACAGGAAAAAAUCCAGCAUACUGCUCCAAGACAUACUGGCCCCAGAGACUGCAGUGAGCACAGCCGAAUGA